AUGGAGGCCUCAGUGCAGCACCAGGAUCUGCAGCAGGAGAAACAGCUGCACCAACAGCAGCAACUGCACCCGCAGCAAAAGCAAGAGGAGGAUGAGGCGCAGCAUCAACAGCAGCAGCGGCAUGAUGGAUGCCCCUCUCCUAUUGGUGUUCUCAGCAGCAUCAGAACAACAGGAGGGCACAAGCAACCCCACGAAGGGUAUCCAGAAGAGUCUCCUAUAAAACCGACAGCUCCUGCCGCCGCGCCCGUACCUGCCGGUGCAGCUGUUACAGCAAGAGGCGGCGUUGCUGCACCUCAGCAGGCCGAGGCCAACCGGGCAGCUGCUGCCUUCGGCAGCAGAACGAGCAACGGAAACUCCAGCAGCAGCAACGGGAACUCUAGCAGCAGCAACGCGAACUCCAGCAGUAGCAACGGGAACACAGGCAGCAGCAGCGGGACCACCAAACAGCAACCCCAUCGUCACCGGCACCCGCAGCCGCAGCAAUACCAUCACGGCCGGCAGCAGCAGCAGCAGCAGCAGCAGGGUCGCAGCAGCAUGACGGCAGGCCACAGCCGUUACCCGGGAGCUUGUGGAGCUGGAGUUGUUCGCAUUCCUUUGAGCAGCAAUAACAACAACGGCAACAACAACACCACCACCAACAACAACAGCAACACCAACAACGGCAACAACAACAGCGGCAACAACAACAACAACAACAGCAGCAACAACAACAGCAGCAGCAACAACAACAACAUAAGCAGCAGCAGCAGCAGCAGCAGCAGCAGCAGCAGCCUCUCUACGGCUACUACUGCUGCUGCUGCUGCUGCUGCGGCGGCGGCAGCUGCUGCUGCGGCGGCGGCGGGUUCCCCCCCAAAUGUGCAUGCACCGCGCACAGGCAUGUGCCCGUGGUAUGCAGAGGGAAAAUGCAACUUUGGCCCACACUGCAGCUUUGCUCACUCUAAUGCAGAACUAAGAAAUGGACCAAAGAGGAGAACUCACCUCUUCCUACCACACCAGCAGGGGGGCCCCCAUCACGGGGGACCCUCCCAUCAUGGGGGCCCCCCUCAACACGGGGGUUCCGCCCAUCAAGGGGGGCCCCCUCAUCAUGGGGGACCUCAAGCGCCGCGGCAACAAGGAGGACGAGGACACCCACGAGACGCCAGUCGAGGGGCACUUUGGGCUGUUGACGGGAUGCAACCCCCUCAUGGGGAAAGGGGGCCAGAGGGGGGGCCCAAGGGCCUUGACAUCGGGCACAGGGGCAUGGAGGGGGGCCCCCGAGGACUCGAUGGGGGCCCUCGUACCCGCGAAGGAGGCCUGCGAGGUCUGGACGGGGGGCCCAGGGGCCUGGAAGGGGCCCCCAGAGGCAGAGAGGGGGGCAAUCGGGGCUUGCGCCCGAGGGGUAGGCAGCCGAAUGUUCGCAUGCAAGAGGCAGGAGCGGCCUACUGCGGCAUUAUGGAAGACGCUGCUGGGGGAGGGCCGGGAGGCCUGGACAGCAAAUACACCACAGAAGAAGGGCAGCAGCAGCGGGAAGGGGCCCUGCAACAGACAGGCCAGUGGACAAAAGGGGGGAGGGGCCCGCUGCAGCUCGACUCGACUGCAAAUACAACAGGCACUAACAGAUGGGGGAAGCAACAGCAGCAACAGCACCAGAAUUCAAUAACAACUGGGCCCUCUCGUUCGUCACAAGAAGGAGCCGAGGAGCCUCUUGCUUCUCGCCCACAGCAGCAGCAAGGCGGGGGCCCGCCUAACCACAGACAAGAACGCCAAAGACGCUUCGGCGGUGGGGGGCCUGCUGCUGCUGCUGCAGUCGGUGGCGGGAGCCCCGAGGGUCCCCCAGGUGGAUUUGAUGCACUACGCUGUGCACAAACAGGGGGGCCCGCCAGCAAUGCGUCUGUUGCUGCAGGACAACAGGGUGCCCAGCGACAAUACCGCAGGUCCGGUGGUGGGCCCCCGUCGGCCGAGAGGCAGCAGCACCAGCAGCAACAGCAACAGCAGCCAGGGGCUGCGGCACCGUAUGCACACUGCAAGGGUGAAGGCUUGAGGGAGACAGACGGAAGACUCGCCGGCCGUGAGGGGCCCCAUGUGUCGCCAGGUGCCCGAACACAGAGGCAGCAGCCGCAACAGCAGCAGCCGCAGCAGAAACAACAGCAGCUAAUAUGCAGCGGCGUGGGAGAUGACCUGGAGCAGCAAAGACUGCCGCAGGCCCAUGAAGAGUCGCAGUUGCCCCAAGAAGCAGACGAAGCAGCAGCAGCAACACCAAACACUUCAGCACAGCAGCGGCACUCCAACCAGCAGCAGCAACAACAACAAGCGAAGCAGCAACAGCAGCAGGAAGAACGUGCGGCACCCUUUUUAGCGGCAGAUGGCCUAAGGGCCCCUGUUCCCUACUUGGGGGAUGCAUCAGCUCGAGCAAACACAGGAACUCGUGUGCUGCUGCAGCAGAAGCCGCCGCAGCAGCAACAGCAGCAGCAGGUGAGGCACCACCACCUGCAGCAGCAGGUUCUGCAGCAUCAGCAGCUGCAGCACCUCCAGCAGCUCCAUCAUCAUCAUUUACAUUCGGCGCAUCAGCAGCAGUUCCUGGUCCACCGCCAACCACAGCAGCAGCAGCAUGACAUGAGCGUUUGCUGUGGAGGAUGUACAUUAGGCCCAGUUAACGGGGCAAUGCCGCCGUACUACCACUUUGGGGGUCUCAGCCCUGUGGGGCCCCCUCCUGGUGUGUAUCCUCAACUUCUGGUGGAGCCAUCGGCAUAUAUGCUGCAGCUGCUGCACCGCAGCAGCAGCAGCUACUUGUUGCCCACAGGGCCUCGCAGCGUGUUGUACCCUCCCUCGGGGCUGUCCGUAUUCUAUGGGGCCCCCAUGGCACCCCCACCGCUUGCUACCGAUACAAGCAAACCCCUAGGAGGAGGGGGACCCCCACACAAUUUGCUUGCUGUUACCCAGGAGGAGCUUACUGCAGCUGCUCCUCAAUUCUAUGAAGACUGA